AUGUUGGCUGUGCUUCGAUCAUUGUUCCGGCUCGUGCUCUUAUCUCCUCCUCCUCAUCAACAUCCCCUUUUACAUCAGAUCACACAUCCCCUUUUACAUCAGCAUCCACAUCCCCUUUUACAUCAGCAUCCACAUCCCUCUUUUACUCAGCAAAUCCACAUCCCCUUUCACUUCUAUCAUCCACAUACCCCAUCCCCUUCAACAUCCACCGCCCUCUCGUUCCGCCCCUUGACGGAACCCGGCAUUGGCUUGCGGCAGCGCGGCGGCGGCCGUGGGCGCUGUGGGCAGUUGCGCCGAGGCGCCACAGAACCGGAUUCUAGUCGCCGUCCGGCCGCGCGCGCCUCGCCUGCACUGCGUUCGUCGCGCCCGCCAUAUCGUAAAUCACCGGACCGGCCGCGCCGCGCCGCGCCGCGCCACGUCGGUGCGCCUGUGCGACGCCCGCCGGCCCGGCUGCACAUCACGCACGCAGCGCGCACACAGUUUUAUACGCCUCCUCUGAGGACUGUUCAACAGGGUAAGGUGAUAUUCGUGAGAGGAGGAUUCAAGUUUUGUUUCCAGAAACGUUUAUGUGUGGUUUUAAACGCCGGCAGUGCUCUUGAACGACAUCCUGUAUUUUUAAGGAAUAAAUUUUGUUUGGCCCUUGGAUCAUCUGAUUUGAAAGCAGAUUGCAGGUUCUAUGGUCCACUUUCGAAGCAGUUUCCUCCUGUUACCCACGUCUCACCCGGACGAUGGUAG